AGCCUGCCACUCGUCAUUAAUAAUCCAGGAAGGGGUACGGGAACGAAAUCGUCGUGGCACUGGGCAGCUGGAGUCCUAGAAAAGAAAAAGAUCAGAUAAUGAGACUAACAGGUGUAAAGCUCGCUUUGGUUCUUGUGGUUUUAAUAAUUGCCGUUUAUAUUGCUUCAGAAGUAUUUGAGUUCAAAGGCAGCUUAGAAAAUCUGUUUGUGAGAUCAAUGAUAGAUGCACGACCUACAAAACCUCCAAGAUACAAGUGUGGCCUUUCCAAGGCAUGCCCAGAGAAACAUUUUGCAUUCAAAUUAGCUAGUGGUGCUGCUGGUGUCGUUGGGCCAAAGAUUUGUUUUGAAGACAACAUUGUGAUGAGUGGUGUUAAGAACAAUGUUGGACGAGGGAUGAAUAUCGCCUUAGUAAAUGGCAAAACUGGAGACUUGAUAGAUACAAAAUAUUAUGACAUGUGGGCUGGAGAUGUGAAGCCUUUAAUUGAGUUCCUCAAGACAAUAGAGGAAGGAACAAUUGUAUUAAUUGCUACUUUUGAUGAUGGUGCUACUAAGCUAAAUGAUGAAGCAAGAAAGCUGUUAAGUGAUUUAGGUAGUUCAAGUGUUAGCACUCUGGCCUUUCGGGACAAUUGGAUUUUUGUUGGAGGGAAAGGAAUUAAAACAAAAAGCCCAUUUGAACAGCAUAUUAAAAAUAAUAGAGACACUAAUAAAUAUGAAGGCUGGCCAGAGGUUUUGGAAAUGGAAGGUUGCAUCCCUCAGAAACAAGACUAGAAUUCUGGUGCAAGAAUGUCAAAUAGUGUGUGUGUUUGUGUAUUUAUAUAAAAAUCAUCUAAGGACGUAGAGACAAAGUUUGUACAAACUAGUGUAGCAGGAAGUUAAUAUCAGUGCUGAAGAUUCACUCUGUAUGUUCUACAGGCAUUAGCUUCUGAAAGAAUUACUAAUAGUAAUUGUUUGAAGGCUUUUAUUGUUUUUUUGUAACAUUGUCAGUACAUUCUUCUCAGCUGUUAGUUUUUGAUUAAAUGCAAAACUUUCAUUAUUCAAACACGGAAUGAUCGUACAUGUAAAUUCUCAAAACCAGUGCAUCUUGUUAAACAUCAUUUAUUAAAACAUUUUGCUCUAUUUGCACAUCCAUACAUGUAUAUUUGGAAUUGCAGUCACUUAAUUUUAUUUAUAAUUACUGUAGCAAAAAAGGUAAAAAUUAAUAAUAAAAAAAAAACUAAGAGCAAUCCCAACUUUAAGAUAUGUAUAUACUGUACUGUCUUGGGUAUAUUGCUGCAGGAUUUACUUGAAAGCUAGAGAGUAUAUUGGUGACUGGUAUGUAGGUAUAUUGUUUGUAUUGAGUACCUAAUUAAAUUAUCGUUAGGUUAGCUCUACAGUUUUCUUUUGGCAAUAACACAAUUGUAUGUACAUUCUGGCCAGAAUCUGGUUUCAGACCUUAGUUUUAUUAAUAUUAGAAGUGUUCAUAGAGAGAGUUUGGAGGUUUAUGUUCUGCUGAAAAUUUUAUUUCUAUUUAUUUUUUAACUUUCUAAGUUUUUUUUCAUCACAUUCUCAGAAGGUUAGAUGAAAAUACUAAUCAUUUUCAUUUAGCAAUUGUAAUGUCUGUUCAUGUUAAUUAAAAACUUUUUUAAAGGAAAAUUACACUUUUUUCAGUAUUUUAAUCAGUAAAGCAAAUCAGCAUAUGGAUAGAUAAUAAUAAGUUCAAAUUUUGUCACUGAACACUGAUAUUUGCUAUUUGUUUAAAAUAUUUAUAUUUCUGUGUACAGUAUGUACUUGCUCUUAUUCUGUGUAAGGUGCUCUGUGUUCAGUAAGCCAGUUUUAUGAUAGAGUGCAUGAGCCAUUGAUCAUUUGAUAACCACACCAUUUAUGACAUACUGAAAGCUUGAUUCAGUCUUCUCUAGUUUUGUAUUAUUAACAAAUUUAAGUUGAAAAGAAAACCACAGCUAAAAUGUAUUUAAAAAUUGAUUUUCUGAUCACUGAAAAACAUCUGGAUUUUGUUUUUGUUUUUUUUUUUUUCUUUUUUCUUACAAAAUGUAAUCUUAACAGUAUAUUAAUCUUUAGAUCAGCAAUAAUACUCUGUUUAUUUCUGAGAGACCUACUCUGCUUCAGAUAUCUUUUAUUUUUAAACUUGCAGUUAGGGCAUUUGAAAGUUUAUAAAAAAUAUUUUGUUAGAGUUCAAUCAAAUUACGGCUUUUCUGUCAUUUCAACUGGAAAAAUGCUUUUUCCUCCUUGUCACAAUAUCCUGCCAUGUAGGUGACUGUUAUAGAAACAUGUAUAUUAUAGCUGUAUACUGUUUCUCCUCUCUGUCUUUAAGCUAGAAUCGCUUAUGAUUAAAAGAAGUGCACCACAUUAGUGUUUGGGAUGUCUAUUGCAAGGGGAAAAGCAGCUGUUACAAUGCAAGUCAUUUAAAAUGCCUUUCAUUCUCCAGGAAAACCAGCUUUCUUGAGAAAGUACUGAAUACUUGCAAAAUGUCUUUAAUUUUGCAUUCUAUAAUGUAAAGUGAUUUGUUUCUUGCACUACCAUUUGACAAUAGUCCUAUCAAAAAUGUUUAUUGGCAAAGGUCACUUUCUGUAUGUAUUCUUUUGUAACAAUGCCUUAAAUAUUAUUGUAAUAGAUACCAAAAUAAAUGAAUCAAGGAAAAAAAAUGAGGAAAAGGAAUAAUUAUGUUAAGUUUCAGGCAUCAUAAAAUUAUAAAAUCAUUAAAUUAGGUGAACAUUUGCUUGAAUUGAAACUGCUGCUUUAGAAGUUUUGCACCCCUGUGAAUUGGCAAGCUGAAGAGCGACGGUAGCAUUUUACUGCUUCUGCAGCCCUUACUUGACUUGUCUCAUUCAGAUUGUGAAAUGUAUGGUGGUAUUUGAAUCUUUCUAGGCCAGAAAAUAUUUUGUUUAAAAUGACAUGAUUUCAUGAUCUAUUUUAACAUAUAUUUUGGUACAUGUCGUUUUGUAUAUAAAGCUAUGGUGCAUUUUCAUGAAAUGCUGCUGUGGUACUGGAGACUCUGAACCUCUUAAGCCACAACUUAAAUCUUUUCAUUGCGUUGUCUCUACCUGUUCUGUUUUUCUUAUGUAUCCAUCCUGUGUUGAGGCUAAUACACCAUAAAGUUAUUGAUAAAAUUCAAGUUUUUUUUUUUUUUUAAA